UUCAUUUUGUUCACAUCUUUACAUUCUUAAAUCAGAACUUAACAAACAGUGUAAUUUGUAAACAUCAACCUGGCAAUGAAGUUGAUAAUUCUGCUUUUCGUUUCGCUUCUCUUUGCCGCUAACUGCUUCACAAAUUCAAGAUUUUGUGAAGCAGCCGAACCCCCUGCAGUGCGUGACAGUACUGGAAAAUUGGUCCGUGCAAGAACUUAUUAUUUUAUUCAACCAGCACAUCGAGAAGUCGAUGGCUGGGGGUUUCAGCUUGGCCGUACUGGCGGGACGGAUAAGCGUUGUCCAUUGGGCAUAGUUGGACAAGACUAUUACAACGGCACUGCAGUACAAUUUUUACCGGUAAACUCUAAGAAAGGCGUCAUUCGCUUAUACACCGACUUAAACAUUGAUUUCAACACGUAUACUGUUUGUGAUGGAUGGAAUACUGUCUGGAAGGUCGGUCAGUAUGACCAACCAUCCGGACAGUACUUCGUAACACUCGGUGGAGUGAAAGGAAAUCCUGGUCGAGAGACGAUAAGUAAUUGGUUUAAGAUUGAGGAGUUUAGUAAUAAUUACAAGAUUAGAUAUUGUCCAUCCGUGUGCGGGGAUUGCAAGGUCACGUGCAAAGAUGUUGGCAUAGUUGAAUACAAUGGGCAGAAGCGUUUGGCGCUAAGUGAUAUUCCGGUUCAGGUGAAGUUUGUGAAGCUCGUACAGUAAAGUCUCUCGUGAAAAAGUUUAAGCAUGCAAGACUAGUUUGAUGACGCCUUUGGUGUGAUAAUAAAGCAAUUUAGAUGCGUGGUGUGCGUUUGUAUUUCUUUUCUAUGAAGUGCCAUGUGUGUGUGUAUGUAUUUCUUUGAUAAAUAAGUUCUACUAUAUGUAAUAAGUCGAUGAGGCCUGAUCAUUAUGGGUGUUUGUGUCUA